AUAUUAGUAUGGGGUGUAUGUGUGCUUGUGUACCAAUAUCCAAACAUCCACAUUCUAUUGUUUGGGUUAUCGAAUUAACGACUAGAUCAGUAGGUCUGUUUGUCGUUUCAAUUUGGAAAAAUGCGAUAAAGAAAUGAUCAGUUCAUAAAGCAUUAUCUCGUCUUGUGAGGUGAGGAGAGAGACAAACCGGGAUGGGGGGGUUGAGGAACCCAAAGGCGGAACAAACCGGUGUGCCCGGAUACACGCUGAAGCGGCUCGCCCGCACUGCAGAUUAACUGUUAGCACGCCGAUGAUGCACAAAAAAGGAAGUCGGAAGCGAUGUAGGUAUCCCUGUAAAUCCAUGCCAGCUUAUCCACUGGAAACCACACUUAUUGGGAACUAAGAGGAAGAUUAUCUAUCCUCCAUUGAGUCUGACACAGUGAGUGUAGACCUUGACCAGCGCGGGAAGAGAUUGUCAGAGAGCAUCUGUCUGUCUCACUCGCCGUCAGUGAACAUUCCCGAGGUUCUCCAUCAAACCCCAGCUUGUUCCUGACACCAGCUUUGGCCUUGAGACCCUCAUAAAUGUGUGACUAGGUAGCCAGGAAAAGGGGGGGCCGGAGGAGCGGCGGUCCCACUCACACCGUGAAGAUCCCCAAUACACCCAAGAGACUGACCAUCACUUCAAGACCCAGCCAUUACUGACCAUUCAUAACCACAUAACCAGGUCUGGCCCUGAGAAAGUCAGUCCUGUGUGUUUGUAUGUGUGUGUGUUUGUGUUAAAGCAGCCCAUUGUGUGGAAGUGGGUGAGGUAGCUAGGAGGAGGGGGCAGCCGUUGUCUUCUUUGGCCGGAUGCAGAACAUCCUCGAGCAGAAUUUAGACAUGGCCACAGCUCUGCUGGCGGGGGAGAAGCUGAAGGAGCUGAUCUUGCCCGGCUCCUCCCAGGAUGAGAAGGGAGGCAUGCUAGCCGGUCUCAUGGUCCAGCUCAAACUGGAGCUGCCGUUUGACCGUGUCGUCACCAUUGGCACUGUCAUCAUCCCCAUCCUGCUUGUCACCCUCGUCUUCACAAGGAACUUCGCAGAGGAGUCGAUCUACUGUUACACGCCUCAUAACUUCACCCGCGACCAGGCCCUGUAUGCACGAGGCUACUGCUGGACAGAGCUGCGUGACGCUGUGCCAGGGGUCGAACCUGACCUACGACCUUCGCUCUUUGAGCACAAGUUCUUACCCUAUGCCCUGCUGGCUUUCGCCGGCAUCAUGUACAUCCCUGCUCUGGGCUGGGAGUUCAUGGCCUCCACCAGACUUACCUCAGAGCUCAACUUCCUGCUUCACGAGAUCGACAACUGCUAUCACCGGGCUGCCGAGGGCCGGGCUCCCAAGAUCGAGAAGCAGAUCCAGUCAAAAGGACCUGGCAUCACAGAGAAAGAGAGACGAGAGAUCAUUGAGAACGCGGAGAAGGAGAAGAGCCCUGAGCAGAACCUGUUUGAGAAGUACCUGGAGCGGCGGGGCCAGAGCAACUUCCUGGCCAAGCUGUACUUGGCACGUCACCUGGCCAUCAUCUGCCUCAGCUCCAUCCCCAUCUCCUACUUGAGUGCCUACUGGCACCGGCAGCGCCAGAAUGAGUUCAGCUGCGCCCUGGGGGAGCCGCCGGACUCCAGCAGCAUCCCCGAGCUGAGGCUCAGCGUCAACUGCAAGCUCCCGGCCGUGCAGCUGCAGCGCAUCAUGGCGGCGGUGGACAUCGCCCUGCUGAGCACCAUGAACCUGGUCAUCCUGGUCAACCUGCUGCACCUCUUCGUGGUGCGGAAGUCCAACUUUGUAUUCGACAAACUGCACAAGGUGGGCAUCAAGACACGACGGCGCUGGCAGAAGUCCCAGUUCUGCGACAUCAACAUCCUGGCGAUGUUCUGCAACGAGAACCGGGAUCACAUCAAGUCACUCAACCGCCUGGACUUCAUUACCAAUGAGAGUGACCUCAUGUAUGACAAUGUGGUGAGGCAGCUUCUGGCUGCGUUGGCCCAGUCUAACCAAGAUGUCACACCUACAGUGAGGGACUCCGGUAUCCAGACCCUGGAUCCCAAUAUGGACCCCUCUCUACUGGGGGUAGGAGAGCUGGGAGGGGAGCCGCUAGUCAUCAAACGGCCGCGCAAGAAGAUCAAGUGGAUCCCCAGCUCUAACCCCUUGCCCCAACCCUUUAAGGAACCUCUGUCAAUAACACGUCUAGAAAACAGCACUAAGCCUGAGAAGCCCAAACUUGUGAGGAGGAAAACCAUGGCAGAGAACUAUGUUGCUCCACUGAGCAAGAGCACGCAGUAUCCACCCUCAGCCAAAGACUUGAGCGCCAUGGAGAAAAAGCACAGUCGAAACUUUUCCCUGGAUGUUCACCCAUACAUGCUGACCAUCCGUAAGCCCAACAAGGUAGAGACCGUCAGCACAGAGCCUCUGCCCACAGACCACACCCUGGAUGCUGUGUUCAUCGAAGGCACACACACCAUUGUCCAUGUCUCUGCUUCCAUCACUGAAAAGAAAGACAGCACCCCAGAGUCCACCAACACGGUCUUCUCCACAAUCACGGUUCCCACCACCACCUAUCUCAACGGUGCCAGUCCCAGCCCCAAUCCACCCUUUCUGGCCGACCGCCACCUUACAGGGCCUCUAAUGGAACAAGAGGAGCCUGAAGCAGUCCAGCCUGCGGUCUUCACCCGGAUACCCUCCCACCAGCUGCUCAGCAUGCACCAGCUGCUCAGCAUGGAGGAAGAGGGGGCGGGGGGCCAAGGGGUCAGGCUGUCUGAGAGACCCGGGGGGGAGCUGAUCGCUGCAGGGGAGUGCUGAAGGGGAGGCACGCACAACUCCGUCCCGCCCCCCCCCCCACGACAAAUAUAUCGCACAAUACAGCAACACAUAUAUCAAUCACCACGAUGACCAUUGCCGCCAGAAGCCACAGUCUGCCUAUUACCAAGAGUACUUUGUCAUUUCACAAACACACUCUUGUGCUUUACGCCACACCUCACUACUGGUCUAGUGAAGGGACCGAGUGAGGGGUGCUGAUGGUGAAGCUGAACUGGAAUGUCUUGCUGCAGUGGUGGAUGUUUAACACAGGAGGAAUAAAAAGGAAAUACAGUUCUAUUUAUUGUGAUCAACCCAUAGUCACUGGACUGUCCGCACUUCAUUUGUCCAUUGUGGCGAUUAGGGUUAGAGAAUUACGGUAACUUACCCAAAAUAUAAAUUUUUCAGAAAUCCUGGUCCUAGGACUGCUUAUUCCCUCCUGAUUACAGAAAUCCUCUGACCAGGAUUUCUGGAAAAAUAGGGUACUUGGGGGAUUCUCUUGAAAUGUUUUUAACUUGGUGAACGAGGAGACUUCCUUGAAAUUCAAUCUGGAACACUUGAUUUUGUUGAUCCCGCACAAUUUAAUGGAGAAUUUCCUCAUGUUUUUUGAAAAGGUGCUCUAAUUCAAAAAGCUAAGAAAGACAAACGGGAAGGCGGAAAGGAAAUACAUACCAUUUCAAGGUUUUUAAUCACAUUAUGGAGGCACACUAUCUAGACUUCCAUAAAUAAUUAUUUACCAACCGCUACAUUAUGAAAACAUGUUUAUAAAACAUAGGCUUAUUAUCCUUCUAUCCAAGUUUACUGAAAGACAAUGCAGUAUCCUUUUUAAAAUUUGCACUGCAGUAUAUGCAAACGAUCACAUGUUUGUGGCAAUAAUAGUCUGUAUAUGCUCACAAGAUAUACCACAUUUUACUUACAGUAAAUAUUUUACUGAUUGUAGCCCUAUCUCGGUUCUUGUAUUGCUGCCAUAGAUAUGGAUAGAAGACUCAAGUAUCUAACACAUUCUAGCAUGGACAUCAUCGCUGAGGGCGUCCAGCAUUUUAAAGUGAAUGUCUGGUUGGAACUUAUAAUUGGUUUAGGAAGAAUCACAUGACAUCUGCCCGGUCAUCUGGAACGAUCGACCAAGGAAUUGUACUUGUAAAGAAGAACACCCACUACUUCAAAAGGGAGAUUGCCUCAAAGAAGCCGUAAUGGGACUGAUAUAAAGAUUAUACCUCUAUUCAACUCGGUGUACUUCACAUUAAUAUUCCUUAAUUUAUUGAGUGUUAUUUGACCACACAGGAGAAAGAGGAGGCUUAGUAAGAACGUCUACCUUAAAGACGGUGCUCUUUAACAGGAUUUGAUAUGACUUCCUAGUUACCCAUAGUUAAACAGAUUGAUCCAAAUGAUGUUUACGUCUCUGUUAGCUUGUUAGCUUCGCACACUUGAUGUAAGUUGGCUGGCAGGAGCCAGUUCCUCCACAGGAAAAUAGACCUUCUGUAUAGAAAUGCAAAGCCAUACAUAGUAAUCAAACUGUAAUUAAUUUGUUAAUGUUACUUAUCAUAACAGAUUGUGUCAAACUUUUUUUGCCCGCACGGGCAUACAGAUACAUAGAGAGGAUAAUUAAAAAAUGUCUUCUGAUUCUGGGUAAGUAGGAAAUUAUCUACAAUCACAGGACUUUGUCAAUGGAUGAACUAGUGGAUAACAAUUAUAUUUAUCUACGUCCGUUAUAAAGGAAGUUAGUGGUAGUUUCAAGCUAACUAGUGUUAGUGCAAUGAUUGGAAGCAGUGCAGGCUCUAGCCUUUUGAGGGCCUUAAGCAAAAUUUCCUUUGGGGCCCCCCUCCCCUGUCGGUCGGCUCUCCCUAGCAGUCGGAGGCCCCUUGCGGCCGGGGCCCUAUGUAACCACUUAUGUUGUUUAUGCCUGGAGUCGGCCCUGAUUGGAAGUCCAUUUCUUUGUUCAAUUACGACAGUCCAAACAUGUUAACUACUUGCAAGAAAUGUAAUUGACUUGUCAGUUCCCUCAGUUUGUCAUUUUCAUUGAAGUGAAGCUGUAGCAAAGGCUGUUAUCCAGGAGCAUUGUGGGCAAUUAAGCGAGGGUAGAGGGCACCGCCACUUUAGCCAUUAAAAUCAGAAAGUCUUACAGAAAGAUCGUGCACCACUGCUGUCGAGUUUGGCCCUAAUAUUCAGUCCCGAUGUUACGUGUUCCCCAUUUCCCUUUCAGACAAUGAUAGAAGAAUGGUUGUAUACUUUAAACGUUGUAUUCAAAAUUGACAUCACGGUGCUGCUGCAGACAGUUGAUUUCUGCAUGUGUCACACAAGACAUGAACUGGUGAUCCUCUUCAUGGAAAUACGUGAUUGCCCUCCUUGACAAUGUUCAAACAAUUUCAACUUUACGUAAAAUACCAACUGGGUAGCGUCACCUGUGAUGUUUCAAGCUGUGAAGUGAGCUCCUGAUGCACUCUUAACUCUGUUACAUAUUCAUGAGAAUGAUGGACUAAUAUCUGCCAAAGAAUGACCUCUUAGAAAAGAAAUUUACAAGAAUCCGUAGAGUCAAAUUUGUCAGUCUGAAUGUUGAAUUUGUUUAAUAUAGGGUGUUAGAAAAUUAGCUUAGCUGUAAUUUAAAUGAGGGAGCCCUUUAUUUCUAUACCACAAACAAAUCUGGUUUGGGGAAAUUGAUUUCUAACUCAUCAGUGUUUGACUGUUUGGAGUCUGGAAAAAAAUUACUGAUAGUGUUAGUGAUUUUACACUUAUAACCCCUUAAUAUUUUGAUGUUGGUGUUACUGUGUAGAUACAUUUUCGAACUAGCUAGCAAUUGAAGUAAAACUUUUGCUAGCCAGCCAGAGCCUGAGGAAUUGCUGCAGUGCGGGUUUUAUAAUCGAAACAGUCUCCACAGACAAUAGCUCUAAUGCAGUUACUUCCAGGUGUCGCAACUGUUGCCGGGUGAUGUUUGAUCCGAUUGAAUGUUGUCCUGAAACUGGAAUAUCCACAAAACAUGCCCCAUUGUCUGAUAUUCAUGACCGCGACAUGUCUGUAAGUUUUGAAGUCUGUCUGUGAGAUAAAAGAAAGCUCAGGAAAACAUCAGGAACCCCCACAAUGCAAUAUUUCUGCAUAUCUUCUACAGUAUGUAGCAGUCUGUCACUCAAGCACAUGAAGUUAAAGUCCCUGUGCAGUCUUUGGUAUUUUAUUUUUAAAUAUUCACUGUACUAUAGUCUUAAGAAAUACAUGGGUGUUUAUUUUAUGAUAACAACAAAGUUACUGGUGUUAGGAAACAUUUGAUGAUAUAUACACACUGCUCUUAUUAGUUGACAUGAUGGUCUAGAGUCCAACCCUUUACCCAGAACGGUCAUUGGUCUAUUGUAAUCAGAUUAGAUUGUGUAAUCACAAUAAUGGUUCAAAACUGUCUCUCUCAUCUUAAUAGAUGAAGGUUCUAAAACUCACUUGUGAUAUGAUCUGUAUAUCAAUGGUGCAAUUUAAAAGGGUUUCUCUCACAAUACUAGUGCACUUUAGGUGAGGUUAGCCAAUCCUUCUUCCAGUGAAUUCAUAGAAUAGAAGUUGUUGCGCAAACGAAAACACUGCGUUAAAAAUCAUGUUGUGAAUACAGUAUGUUAUUGUGUAAAAUAAAUGUUAAAAUCUCCUUUCUACAAAUGUGUCCCAAACCCUACCACCUCUCAACAUCAGUGCAAGUGAAUGUUGUAGUGAUGGCAAGGGAAAUGUUGUUACAUGCCCGAUUACUGUGAUAGUUACUCUGAGCUGACAAGGUGUCAAGGUGCAAUGAAUGAUCUGUACUGGUCUCAUUCUGGGAGCCUGCUGGAGACAUUGCAAGACUCCCCAGCUUCCCAAGUUGUGAAAGAUUUCAAUGAGACCUACAGUCGAUAUAUUCAAAACAUUGGGCACAAAAUAAUGUACAGCACACGAAUGCUUUGCUCUUGACUGGCAAGCUUUGCACCAUACGCUCGUCUUGCCCUGUGCCAACACACUGACAGCAGCGACAUCACCCGAUCUCCAACAUCAUGUCAAUAAAACUCACACAACAUGCGAUCACAUUACUCACCAAAGACAAUGUCCCCUGAAAUAAUCAAAUUAUAGGUAGAGCGGGCUACUGUAGCUAGUUGUUAUUGGAAUAAAAAGCACCGGGUAGGAUGCAGAAAUCUAAGGGAUGUGUGCAACAACCAACAUCAACUACAGACAGACAGUAUGUCUGUGGUACGGUAGUCUGGUGCAGACUAGACUGGACAAACCAAUCUGAAACAAGCAGGUAUUAUAAAUACACUAGGAGGAUUCUACAUUGUAUUCAUAUUUUGUAAUACAAAUAUCUUACCGUAUGGCCAUAGUGGCCAUAUUAUGUGCAAUGAUAAGGAAAUGUAAUGUUAUAACUAUUUCACUGGUAUGUAGCCUUGACAAUUGCAUCUCAGUUUGGGAAGAUCUAUGGUUGACUUACCAAUGGGGCAAAUAUGUUGGGAUAUUCACAGUCUAUAAUGCAGUAAAAUGAUGGUUUGAAAAACUACCUGUCAAUUUACUAAUAACACAAAAAAAAACAUGAAGUUAAUGACAUGUGGUUGACACACUUAUCCCCUUAAUGUUCUCAGCACAAAAAUGCAUCCUCAUAUGCCCUUGUGACAUGGGGCACCGUGCUCCUCCUCAUGCAUACUUUCUUCUGGGUUGGGGACCUCUCAUUCAGAAAAUAAACUCCCCGUGAAUUCCCUGUCCAAGUCGUCCUACAUUCCCUUGGUCACAGAUAUAGCUGCAGGGUACGCAGCCUGAAGUCCUGGUCACAGAAAAACAAAGAAAAAAUAUAUUGACUGACACCUUCUUGGUGGGUGCUGUUUCUGUGCUGGUGAUGAUGUCAAAAGUUGUCAAUAUCUGUAGGAUUACAAUGAGUCGUAAGCAAAACACUUUCUGGUUUUGUUAAAAUAAAAGUUGAGCAAUA